AUGCCAGGCGGUGCUGAGCGAACCGUUCGUGACAGCAGCAGUGGCAGCAGCGGUGGUCUCUGCAUCCGCUCUGGCAGCACGGUCGAACGGGAGGGAUCUGGAUUGACGCUGAGGCUAGCAGUCCUCACUCCUCCUGUCUGUUCACCUCUGUCUCGCAUGCUCAUGCUCCCACCGCUGCUCUCGCUGCAAGGGGACACGCCGAGGGAGUCAACCACCUCCCCAGGUAACAGAUGGUCAGUUGGCGGCAUGGGCAAGGGAGCAGCGAGUGCCACACUCAUGCCACCUGCCUUGAAUCAUCACCUGCACCAACCUCGCCCGAAGCUAAGUGCUCUUCCCUCAGGUUCUCACCUUUGUGCUGUCCGCAUGCUCAUGCCGCCGCGUCUGCUCUCGCUGCAAGGGGACACGCCGAGGGAGUCAACCACCUCCCCAGGUAGCAGGUGGUAG